AUGCAAUCAUCAUUAUAUCAUUCUGGUAGACAACUUGUCUCAAAGUCAGCUCAAUCAUUGGUCAGACGUUCAUUCUCAACCAACUCAAAGACAUUCAUUGUAAGAUCAUAUGAUUAUAAUGAUAAUGAUAAUGAUGAUGAUUCAAUUCUGUUCGAAUCCUCUAAUAACAAUGCAAUUGGAAAUAGAGAUAUUCAAACAUCGGAUCCAGAGAUUUUCGAUUUGAUAAAGAAGGAGAAAGAACGUCAGUUCAAUGGAUUGGAGUUGAUUGCAUCAGAGAACUUCACAUCGAAUGCAGUGAUGCAAGCAUUGGGAUCGUGUUUCACAAACAAGUACGCAGAGGGAUUGCCAGGUGCUCGUUACUACGGUGGUAACGAGGUGGUCGACGUACUGGAAAACCUCACUAUAAAGCGUGCUCUCGAGACAUUCGGUUUGGAUCCAAGCGAAUGGGGUGUCAAUGUGCAACCCUACUCUGGUUCCACCGCCAACUUUGCAGCGUACACCGGUCUGCUAAAGCCACACGACAGAAUCAUGGGUCUCGACUUGCCAUCGGGUGGUCAUCUCACUCACGGUUACCAAACCGACAAGAAGAAGAUCAGUGCCACCUCGAUCUUUUUCGAAUCGAUGCCCUACCAAGUCAAUGAAACCGGCUACAUCGACUACGACCGUAUGGAGUACACCGCCAGUUUGUUCCGUCCAAAGCUGAUCAUCGCCGGUGCCUCUGCCUAUCCACGUGAAUGGGACUACGAGAGAAUGAGAAAGAUCGCCGAUAAGCACGGUGCAUUCUUGUUGUGCGAUAUGUCGCACAUCAGUGGUUUGGUCGCCGGUAAGCAAGCGGUGUCGCCAUUCCAGUAUUGCGACGUCGUCACCACCACCACACACAAGACCUUGAGAGGACCGAGAGCAGGUCUCAUCUUUUUCAGAAAGAGCAAGAGAAAGGAUGCCAAGGGCAAUUUGAUCGAUGACGACCUCGAGAAUCGUAUCAACUUUGCUGUGUUCCCAUCGUGCCAAGGUGGUCCACACGAAAACACGAUCGCCGGUAUUGCCGUCGCUCUCAAAGAAGCUGGUUCCGCCGACUUCCACGACUAUAUCAAGCAGGUGCGUAAGAACUCUGCUGCCAUGGGUGACGCACUCAAACAAAAGGGAUACCAAUUGGUGACAAGCGGAACUGACAACCAUUUGGUACUCUGGGAUCUCCGUCCACAGGGAAUCACCGGUAGCAAGAUCGAGAAGGCAUGCGACGAAGCCGCCAUCACUGUCAAUAAGAACGCUGUCUACGGUGACACCAACGCUAUUGCACCGGGUGGUGUACGUCUCGGUUCGCCAGCACUCACCUCACGUGGACUCAAAGAGAAAGACUUCCAACAGAUCGUCGAAUAUUUAGAUCGUGUCGUCAAGAUUUCCAUCGCCAUUCAAGAUAAAGUAGGAAAGAAGAUGCCAGAUUUCCAAAAGGCUAUUCUCGAAAGUCAGGAACUCAAGGAACUAAAAGAAGAAGUACAUAAUUUCUCAAAACAAUUUAACAUGCCAGGAUCAGCUGAGCUUUAA